AUGUUACGUUUCCCUACUAGUGAAGAGAUAGUCGGGAUUCAUGGAGACCAAGUUACUUCUAAGCAGUGCCUUAAGUCACAACAGGUGUUCAUAGCUGAUGAAGAGCUCCCCCUUCUUAAGGACGUAGGGGUGAAGCCUAAAGACAAGUCAAUCAAAGAACUGCAG